AGUACAGAGAUCAUCCCAAUCCUAGGGAGACAGCAGAACCGUAGUGGAGUGGGAGGCAAGAAGCUGCAUUUUACCGUGAGAGGAUACUGUCAAAAUAUAAUCAAUGAAGGUGCUCACCAAAAUCAAAUAAUCGUCGGCGCAAAUAAUUAUAACAACCAGAGAAAAACAUAGAACAUAAGAAAGGCGUUUUGCAAGGGGUUUUCCCGUUAGUUUCACCACACACUGACAAAGAAUAGGCUAUUUUGCAAAGAUGGGUAACCGAGGUAUGGAAGAUCUAAUUCCCCUGGUAAAUAAACUCCAGGAUGCCUUUUCUGCAAUCGGACAAAACGCCAAUCUGGAUCUCCCCCAGAUUGCGGUGGUUGGGGGUCAAAGUGCUGGCAAAAGCUCCGUUCUGGAGAACUUCGUUGGGAAGGACUUCCUUCCCCGUGGAUCUGGCAUCGUCACCCGACGUCCUCUUGUUCUGCAGCUCAUUAACUGUCCCACAGAAUAUGCGGAGUUCCUGCACUGUAAAGGGAAGAAGUUUGUUGAUUUUGAGGAGGUCCGGAUGGAGAUUGAGGCCGAGACUGACCGCAUCACUGGGAGCAACAAAGGGAUCUCCUCCGUCCCCAUCAAUCUGAGGGUCUCCUCACCCCACGUCCUGAACCUGACCCUAGUGGAUCUCCCUGGGAUGACGAAGGUGCCGGUGGGUGACCAGCCACCCGACAUUGAGCACCAGAUCAGGGAUAUGAUCAUGCAGUUUGUCACCAAGGAAAACUGCCUCUGCCUCGCUGUGUCUCCCGCCAACUCGGAUCUUGCCAACUCUGAUGCUCUCAAGAUUGCCAAAGAAGUUGACCCACAAGGUCAGCGCACCAUUGGUGUCAUCACCAAACUGGAUCUGAUGGACGAGGGCACAGACGCUCGAGACAUCCUGGAGAACAAGCUGCUGCCACUGCGGAGAGGGUACAUCGGCGUGGUGAACCGCAGUCAGAAGGACAUUGAUGGGAAGAAGGAUAUCCAGGCGGCGCUGUCAGCGGAGAGGAAGUUCUUCCUGUCCCACCCAAGUUACCGACACAUGGCCGAUCGCAUGGGCACCCCUUAUCUGCAGAAAGUGCUCAACCAGCAACUGACCAAUCACAUCCGGGACACGCUGCCCGGGCUGCGCAACAAGCUGCAGAGCCAGCUGCUGUCCAUCGAGAAGGAAGUGGAGGAGUACAAGAACUUCCGCCCAGACGACCCCUCACGCAAGACCAAGGCACUGCUGCAGAUGGUGCAGCAGUUUGCGGUGGAUUUUGAGAAGAGAAUCGAGGGAUCAGGAGAUCAGAUCGACACCUAUGAGCUUUCAGGGGGAGCCCGGAUCAACCGCAUCUUCCAUGAGCGAUUCCCCUUUGAGCUGGUCAAGAUGGAGUUUAAUGAGAAGGAGCUGCGCAGGGAGAUCAGCUAUGCCAUUAAGAACAUCCACGGUAUCAGAACCGGCCUCUUCACUCCGGACAUGGCCUUUGAGACCAUUGUGAAAAAACAGAUUAAGAAGAUAAAAGAGCCUUGCCAGAAAUGUGUGGACAUGGUCAUUUCUGAGCUAGUCGAUACCGUUAGGCAGUGUACCAAGAAGCUGGGACAGUACCCCCUCCUUCGAGAAGAGAUGGAGCGCAUUGUCACCACACACAUCCGAGACCGCGAGAGCAGAACCAAGAACCAGGUGAUGUUGCUGAUAGAUAUUGAACUGGCUUACAUGAACACAAACCACGAGGAUUUCAUUGGAUUUGCCAAUGCCCAACAGAGGAGCAGCCAGAUGAGUAAGAAGAAAGCUGCCGGCAAUCAGGAUGAGAUCAUGGUGAUCAGGAAAGGCUGGCUUACCAUCAACAACAUUGGCAUCAUGAAGGGAGGUGCCAAGGAGUACUGGUUUGUGCUGACGGCCGAGACUCUAUCCUGGUACAAGGAUGAUGAGGAGAAAGAGAAGAAGUACAUGCUCCCUGUGGAUAACCUGAAGCUGAGAGAUGUUGAGAAGGGAUUCAUGUCCAGCAAGCACAUCUUUGCUCUCUUCAACACGGAGCAGAGGAACGUGUACAAGGACUACCGGCAGCUGGAGCUGGCCUGUGAGACACAGGAGGACAUUGAAAGCUGGAAGGCCUCGUUCCUUCGCGCCGGGGUCUACCCGGAGCGCAUCACGGAUAAGGAUAAACAAAGCGAGUCGGAAGAGAACGACUCAGACAACUUCAUGCACUCCAUGGACCCCCAGCUGGAACGCCAGGUCGAGACCAUCCGUAACCUGGUGGACUCCUACAUGGGCAUUGUGAACAAGACUGUGCGGGACCUCAUGCCCAAGACCAUCAUGCACCUCAUGAUCAACAGUACCAAGGAGUUUAUCCACGCUGAGCUGCUGGCAUCCCUGUAUUCCUGCGGAGACCAGAACACUCUGAUGGAGGAGUCAGCCGAGCAGGCCCAGCACCGUGACGAGAUGCUGCGCAUGUACCACGCUCUGCGGGAGGCACUGAGCAUCAUUGGGGAUAUCAACACCACCACCACCAGCACCCCCACACCCCCGCCCGUCGACGACUCCUGGCUGCAGGUGCAGUCGCAGCAGUCUGGCAGGAGGUCUCCCACCUCCAGCCCCACUCCACAGAGGAGAGCCCCAGCGGUGCCCCCUGCCCGGGCUGGCUCCAGAGGCCCUGCCCCCGGACCACCCCCCGCAGGGGCCCCACCUGUCCCCUCCCGCCCCGGAGCAUCCCCUGACCCCUUUGGUGGCGCCCCUCCUCAAGUCCCCUCACGACCCAACCGCGCUCCUCCUGGCGUCCCCAGAAUUACUGUCAGUGACCCAUGAGGACUAACGCUAAUGCCGGAGGGCCCCUGCAUCACCUACCCAACCCACAGUUUCCCGGACAACAGAGUCCCCCCUCUUAGACCUCUAACUGCGGGCAUCCGCCUGUCCCCUAUGGGCUGUAAUAGAUGCCCUUAGCCCUACGCCCUGACUGUGAUGUGCAGUUCAACCCACCUACCGUUUCCCCAGCACACACAAACUAACAAGUGUGAUACAUUCUCGUCUAGUGUAGAGUAGAUAGUGUUUACAGCGUGUCUCCUGAUACUAGCCAAGUGUUUGUAUUUUGUAGAGUAGAUUAAUUGACUCCUAUCUGAUGAAAAAGGUAUAGUGUGAAUUACGUCCAGACUAUAGUAUAUAUAUAUAUAUAUAUAUAUAUAUAUAUAUAUAUAUAUAUAUAUAUAUAUAUAUAUAUAUAUUGAUGCAUCUUUAUGUGUCUAUAAUUCCAAGGGCACCUACUCUGUCAGUAUGCCAAGCUCGUGUCGGAGUAGAUAGCUUUUCAGACUGACUGUUUCAACAACUGAAAAAUGACAUGUUAAAUAAAUACAUUUAAAAAUGUAACUUUUUGUGUUUGUAUUGUCUAGUUUCAAGAGGAACAAAUUGUGUACUGCAUAUCGUUCUCUUGGGGAUUGUGCAAUGAAGUCAUGUGUGUGUGUGUGUGAGGGUGUACUCGCUUUUUACAGCUAUCUGUGUGGCAGAAUUUGACCCUCUCCCCUCGCUGCCCCUCCCCGGUUGCCUGGAUCAUUUAUUGCAGUUUAAAAUAAAUGCAGACUCUGCACACUUACCCUUGAGAUUAAAGGCAGACAGUAAUUUCAUGCACUAGUUCUACAACCAAGCUUGUUCUACCCCUUUAGAAUCUGUUUUUGUUUCUUGUUUUUAUCUUAACCUCUUUGUUUUUCCAACCCAAAGAUGCAGUGUUUCCUUUGUAUAUAAUAAAUAAAUAAAUAAAUAAAUAAUCUUUAUUUUUAAUAUUGCUCUUUUCACAAUAGCAAUUGCCGCAAAGCGCUUCAUAUGAAUACUACUAGAGCGCUACUGCAGUUUUAAGUUCUCUUUUCUAGACCUGUAUACAGCUCUGCAGUGUUAAAGAUGUAUGGCUGGUUUCACAGCCCCUGAUCAGCACUAAUCUUGCAAUACCUAUUGUAAUGUUAACUACUGAGAUAUUUGUCAGGAUCUGUGAACCAGCCAUAUUUUUUUCUGAAUUGCAGUUGAUGUUUAGUUAAAAUGAUCACACUAAAGUUAAACACGCAAUGAUUCUACACACAGCCCAAUACAACCAGUUAAACCAGUGGCUUCAAGCCCCGACAGUUCUAGAUGGGUCAUUUGGACUGCUAUUUGGGAUAUAAGCAAAAGGAACACUGCAUCUUUGUAUUUUAUAAUAAUCCUUUAUGUUAUGCCCUGUCCUUAAUUCACAUACCAGCAAAUCACCCCAUUGGCACUAACUUAUACUCUUUGUGAAGACAGUAAUGAUUGGUAAAGCAAUCUAAUGGGGCUUUAGUUCAGCUAAAUACCACUACCAGCCUUGCUUUUUGCAGUGUGAACAAUCAAAUAUUCUAGAUGUCAUUAAUCAUGUUAUUUGGGUUUAUAAGAGGAAAUGACAGCUUCAGUCUACAAAGAACUGCAUUUGUCAUAAACUAUUUAGGCCAAAGAAUAGCACAAUUAUGCUACACUUAAACCUUGGCCUGGACUGCAAUAGCGAUCAGCCCAUCUCAAAUCUUACAAUACGCUAUAGCAUGUCAAUUAGUCAAGUUUUAUUUCUAAGGGAAAAGCACAAUUCUCAAUGUGAGCGUAAUUCCUGCAUAAUAAAUCCAUGUUAACAUGGAAAUCUCUGUGCACAACAGACAAAUCCAGUUACUUCUGUAGGCAAACCGACGAAGGGUUAGAAAAAGUGGUCUAGUGGCUCCUGAGUGGCGCAUCCAGUAAAGGCACUCUGUCCAGAGUGCAGGAUGCGCCCUAUAGUUUGGAGAUCGCCAAUUUGAAUGCAGGCUAUGCCACAUGGCUGGGAGUUCCCAGUCGCAGCGCACAAUUGGCCAAGCGCUGCCAAGGCAGGGAGGGUUUAGUUCGGCUGGAGUCCUUGGCUCACCACGCACCAGCAACCCCUGUGGCUGGCAGGACGCCUGCAGGCCUGCCUGUAUGCAAUUCAGAACAGCGUGGUCCUCCAACGCUGUAGUUGUAUAAUGGCUUUGUCUUUGUCUCUCCCGCGUUAGUGCAGUGAGCUGGUUUGAAUAAUUGGGCAUUCCGAAUUGGGAGAAAAACACUGUAGAAUAACAGGCAAUCCAAAUUUAUAUUAAAAAAAGAAAAAGUGGUCUACCGGUUGCAUUGAGUAAAACUGCUCCUAAUUACAAAACAACAGUGUAACAGUUCAAGACAAUAACAUUCCUUCUAUAUUUGUAUAUCAACAAAACAGAAAGUAACUGUUUCAUCUAAAAGCACCCUCUAAAAACAUCUAUACAGAGAUAUCUAAAACACUGAAAGUGAAUGCUGGCAGUGCGAUAUUAAGGACACUUGUUUUUCAUUUGUUUCUUUUUUUGCACCAAUUGUCUUUAUUUCUUCCUGCUUUUCUUUUACUGUGUUCU